AUGCCAUUAGUCGAGGCAGCAAUCCUAAUUAAUACCAAACCAGAAGUUGUCCGUCAAUUUUUUUUAAACUAUCAUAAUCAUCAACACUGGAAUCCAUUCAUUAUUUCAAUUAAUAAAUGGACAAACAAAGAAUCAAAAGAGUUAAACAUAGAUGACGAAUUACAAAUUGACUUAAGAUUAAAAGGAACAGACAAUAUAAGUACAUUUUAUCCCAGAGUACUAGAAAAUAAUGAAUCAGAAAUACAAUGGAUUGGAUGCUUGAUCAAUUCAUGGAUUUUUUAUGGUUUACAUACUUUUAAAUUUGAAAUAGUAGAUGAUGAUAAAACAUUAUUUAGUCAAGUGGAAAUAUUUGGUGGAUUAUUAAGUUAUUUUUUUUAUUUAUUUGGAUUGUAUAAUAAGACACGACAAUCAUUUAUUGAAAUGAAUGAAGCUUUAAAAGAUCAAAUUGAGAAUAAAUUAGCAGAAUAA